GUCAUGUCUACAACAAACAUCGCCUCAACAUCUCAUUUUAAAAAACACAUCUCCAUCAACCUCUUAAAAAAUCUCAUUCCUCUUCUCUCCUUUUCCCCCACUCAUCCAUUUAUGUUUGACAUCCCUGAACUUGACGAACUCAUCUUCUCCCAAUUAAAACGAAAUGACCUUGCCCACUGUGCUCAAGUCAAUAGAAUAUGGCACAGAGCAACCACCCCAUAUCUGUGGUAUAAUGUAACUUCAUUAAAAUUUACUCAAAGGAAGGCCUUCAGCGAAAUGGUCUUGAUGGCAUAUUACCAGGAUCAUCACCUAAAGCUUCAACAACAACAAUCGCCGCAAGGUCCACAAACCAAUAAUCCGCCUUCAGUCCUUGAAAAGUAUGGUCAUUUUAUCCACCAAACCCCUUCCAUCCAUAACCUUCUCAAAUUUUUUGAGCUGCCUUUCGCUCAUGAUGACAACAAGGACUUAAAAAUCGCUGCCGGAUCACUCGAGAAACCAUCGGCCCCUGAACUAGUCCUCUUUUUUCUCAGCUAUUGCCCUUCAAUUAAACAUGACCGCCUCUAUGUCACUCCUUUUGAUAUUGCUUCGGAUGACCUUCUCAGGGCCUAUGCAGCUUUUGCACCCCAUGUGAAAGAGCUCAUCAUUGAGAAUGGUGGGAACAAAAAGCCUCUUACAGAUGUGUGGAGGGUCAAGUAUCUUUUGUCUAAAUGCUCUUCAACAAGACUUCGAUCACUAACCAUUCAGCUGGAUCUCAAAGACGCACAGAAUGAGCCGCCUAGCUGGAGUCAGGAUAAUGCAUCCAAAGAUGGAGAAGUGUUUCUUCCUCUUCUGCAGGGACUCAAGGUCUUGAUUUUAGGAAGAUGUCACGACACUACCAACUCCAAGUCUUUCUGGCCACAAUUAUGGGAGUCUUGUUAUCAUGUUGAGGACCUCGGAGUCGGUGACGUCGAUAAAGAUAUUAUCGAGGCCUUAGUGGAGAAAAUGUCGAGAUACAUGCCUAAAGUUCAUCAGUUGCAGUUGGGAGAAGGCGGAAAUAUGAUGCGAGGUCUAGAGGAUGAAGAAGUGGCUUCACUAUUGGCGAAUCCGUGUCAACAUCAAGGAUGGACAAUAGUGAGAACAAAGAGCUAUAUCAACUUUGGAAAGUUAUCCAUGUUAAAUUUAGGAAGGCACUGCUCCAACUUAGCGGAGUUAGAUAUUACAGAUUGCAAGUACUUCUCAAAGGAUUUAGCUUCAAUACUAUCAAUAUGUCCAAAACUUCAGGUUUUGACCACGAUCAACGAUAAUUUCAGUUGGCAACCGGCGGCCUACACUUUAAAUGCAAAUGACUUUAUGGAUUUGGAUUCAGCAGCAGGGCGACUCAAACCUUGGGCUUGUGAAAGUUCGCUCAAGGUCCUCAAGGUCAUCAUCUCCCACAUCCCAAGGCCAGAUCUAUCAGGCAGUCAGGAUGAAGAAACAGUAGUUGGAGAGGCCUACUUCGGUGAAGGGCGGAUAAUACAGAACAGAGUGUAUGAACGAUUAGGGCGGUUUUCAAACUUGGAGACAUUAUGGCUAGGAUAUGCUUCUUAUGAUCCAUAUACAGACUAUGAAGAUGUAAACUACCCUGUCCAACGUGGGUGUUUGGAGAUGUCGUUAGAGAGUGGGAUGGACAGGCUUGCAGGAAUAAAGAAUCUACAGGAGCUGAAUGUUACUCGUAUGGCAGCUAAGAUUGAAGCUGCUGAGAUGAAAUGGAUGAAGCGGACGUGGCCCAACUUAAGGAUCACUCCAAAACAAAAAGUAGGCGGUGACAUAGGCGAUGAUUCUGAUAUUAGUAGUGACGGAGGAUUCAUAGAUUGGUUAAAAUCAUUCUUUUAA